GAAUGCAAAGCACACAUCAAACACAAUUACAACUCUCAGAAGCUGAACUUUCCGCGUUGGGUCGCAACCUCCCCCAGAUAUUAAUUCUUCAAGAUUCCCUUAAAUAACCCAAACCAUCCUCUGUUCUCACAAUCAUCAUCUCCUUCAAUUCCUCCCCAAACCACCGCAAAAUGGAUCCCCAAAGCGAACAAACCACCCGGGUCGAACCCGAACCCGAUAUCUUCAUCCACACCUCCGAUGGAACCCGCAUUCCAGCACACUCAAACAUUCUGGCUUCUAUGUCACCGGUUUUGGAAAGUAUGAUAGACCGGCCGCGAAAACACCGGAGCUCCGAACGAAUAAUCCAAAUCCACGGCGUCCCCGGCGACGCCGUAACCGCAUUCCUCACCUUCCUCUACUCCCGGCGCUGCACGGAGGACGAGAUGGAUCGCUACGGCAUGCACCUGCUUGCUCUCUCGCACGUCUACAUGGUGCCGCACCUCAAACAGAGAUGCACGAAAGGCCUAUCGCAGCGCGUGAACACAGAAAACGUGGUGGACAUGCUCCAACUGGCGCGUCUCUGCGACGCGCCGGAUCUCCACCUCCGCUGCAUGAACCACCUCACAAGAAACUUCAAAACGGUGGAGGAAACCGAAGGGUGGAGGUUUUUGACGAAACACGAUCCGUGGUUGGAACUCGAGGUGCUGCGGUUCAUGGACGAGAGCGAGACGAGGAGGGAGAAGUCGCGGCGGAGCAGGGAGGUGCAGGGGCUGUACGCGCAGCUGAGCGAGGCGAUGGAGUGUUUGGAUCACAUUUGCACGGAAGGGUGCACCCUUGUGGGGCCACACCAUGUGGAGGUUGAUAGAAAGAGUGGGCCAUGUAACAAGUUCGCCACGUGUCAGGGUGUGCAGCAGUUGAUUCGGCACUAUGCCACGUGUACGAAGAGGAUGGGUGGUGGGUGCUUGCGGUGCAAGCGAAUGUGGCAGCUUUUCCGCCUCCAUUCCUAUGGUUGUGAACACGCUGAUUCCUGCAACGUUCCUCUUUGCAGGCAAUUUCAAUACAGAAUGCAGACAGAGAAAAUGAAAAAUGAUGAAAGGUGGAGACUACUAGCGAGGAAAGUGGCCUCAGCCAAAAUCAUGUUUUCCUUGUCUCUUUCAAAAAGGAAGCGGAAUGAGGAAACCAGAGUGUCGAUGAACAAUCCAGGGAUCAGAAGCUUCAAAUUACAAUGAGUCUUGUGAUUAUCUAAAGGACGAUUUGUUUCUUAUUGCUAGGGCCCUUUCCUUGAGGAUAAUAUUCUGUUGUUUUUUGGGGAAGUCGGAGGAUUUUGGAUAGUGUGAAAUUGAGCAUUAGCUUGUAAUUGUAGAUGCUGUUUAUUUGUUAUAGAUAUGAGCAAAUUGGACCUCAAUUUGCAUUGUCAUCUAUUGUAGAUAUAAGCAAAUUGAACCUCAUUUUGCAUUGUCAUAAGUUUUGAACAACAUUAGUUAAGCUAGUAAUAAAUUUGAUUAUUACUAUUUGUGUAAAA